AUGGACAACAAUAUUGUUUCAGAGUCUUCUCCACCUAGAAGAGGCAAUGCAACUUCACCAUCAAUUGGAGGAAAGCUCAUUAAGAAGCCUAUAUGUCUCUGUUUCGUAGUGAUGGGCUUUCUUCUUUUAGUUGGUAUUGCAGCCUUGGGAUUUCGACUUCUUCUCCAUAAAAAUCCUAAAGCAACUAAGAACGCCAGCUUCCGGGUUGAUUCAAUCUCAGUUUGUCCUUUCAAACUUUCUUCCUCUGAAAUCACUGCCUCCUGGGACAUCCAAUUUUCAGUCCAAAAUCCCGGCACUGCAAGUGUUCUCUACCAAACCUUCGAUGCAUGGAUUCAAUAUAAACAAAAACAGCUUGCCAGUGCAACCAUUGCACCAUUUCAAGUGCGGGGAAGUAAUUGGACGGCUGUGAAUGGAAAGCUGAUUGCAAAAUCGGUUAAAGUCAGUGAGAAGGUGAUUAAGUGUAUGGCUGAUGAGAUGGCUAAUGGAUCAGUUAACUUCAACAUUGGUUUGUAUGCCGGGUAUUGGAUUGGCGAUGAAGAAGCAAAAAAAGUGUGGUGGGCUGUGGAGGCAUAUUGCAAUGAUGUGAAAGUUGGAUUUUCUUCGAAAGAUAAGGUGGGGAAAUUGAUUGGUGGACCAAAUCAGUGCAUUCUUACCAAGACAUGGUAG